AUGAUUGGGGUGCAGGUGAAGCAGCCGCCAUCGUUAUCGCUGGUGAAGCCGCUGCAGGAGUCUUGCGUGCACGCGGCGCCGACAUCGUCGUCUCAUGGGAGUUGGCUUGCCUCUGGGCGCUUUAUGCCUCGGUAA